AUGCGUCUUCGGCGCGGGGUAAACAAGAUGGCGGCCCGAUUGAGGAGUGCGUUUCGAAACGUAAACCGUAUAAACAACAUGUUUUUACCGCAGUUUGAAAAUUUAAAGCAAAGAAAACUCGGCAGGUCAGCUUACAAUGUCUUCACAGAUUACAAGCUGGUAUUUAAAGAACUGUACCAGAAUAUGAAGGCAAAACCCUUCCGUUCAGCUUGCACCUUAGCAUCGCUUGGAGGACUUUACUACAUUUACGAACAGAACCCAGAUGUGAAUUCUUAUGAAGAUGCUGUGCUAGAAUGCUCCAAUGAACUGUUGCAGAUCAGCCAUUUGAUAAGGAAUCCAAAUUCGGACAGUUACGUGCAAAAUAUUCUGAAAUAUCGCAAUCAGGAAAGGUUGCAAAUACAGACUUUUGGAUUUUUGUCUCUCGUGUAUGUGACUGAGUUUGGACCUGGCUGUGAUUUGUACGAAAAACAUUGUGAAUAUGUACAGCCAAGAUGGAAGACAUUCCCUGAACGUGUGAUCGACGUUGGAAUUCUAGGACAUUGGUUCUUUCUGGAAAGAGCGAUGAAAGAUUAUGAUGUGAAUGAAGCUGAGCUUGCGAACUGUCCUCCGGAUACUGAGUAG